AUGCAGCGUCGACUCUCGCCUAGCCCAAACCAUAGGGCGUUUUCUUCAUUCCGUGAAAUCAUCAACAGCAUCCAACUUUUGCCGGAAAAGAAUCUAAAGAUAAAUACCCACGGGCUGGACUGGAUUAAAAUCUCCGAGUGUUUGAUGAAUGUAAAAUCCCCUGAAGAAUGCCUUAUCCAAUGGAUUUUCCACGAUCACCCGCUUAUAAAUAACCGCCCUUGGAAUAAAGACGAGCUAGAUCGUCUGUCGGAAACCAUACUUUCGAUUAAGGAAGCGCCAACGGCCGAGCCCGUUCACACCCAUGCCAAUAGCCUUAUGUUGGUUGAUGCAAAUUCUUUGAAAGAUGUUCUCGGAAAACACCGAUGGCAAAUCAUUGCAGAGAAGCAUGGAAACCACAGGACGGAAAUAUGCUGCUUCAUUCAAGUAAGGAUAUUUGAAUUGACUGCUAACAAUAGACGCUGGACUCCACAUGAAGAUAUGCUAUUAAAAAAAGCCGUUCAGUAUUUUGGCACCAAAAAUUGGCAAGCCGUCUCGGGAUGUCUCGAGGGGCGCUCAGGCCAACAAUGCCUGCAUCGCUGGCUCAAAAGUCUCGAUCCAAAAAUACAUCGAGGAAAGUGGACCCCAGCAGAAGACGAGUGCUUGCGGAAAGCGGUUCGAAUUUACGGCGUUGCAAAAUGGUCCCAAGUGCAGCAAAUGGUUCCAGGGCGAACAGAUGUGCAAUGUCGUGAAAGAUGGUCAAAUAUUCUGGAUCCCUCUUUAAACUUGGGCAAAUGGUCUGCUGAAGAAACAUCCAGGCUAAAGGAUUUGGUGAUGAUGUUCGGGCUUGGGAAAUGGUCAUUGGUUGCAUCCCAUUUGCCUAAUAGGACCGACAAUCAGACGAUGGAGGCAAAUAUCAAAGAAAGAAGACAUUGUUAUUCCAUCUACCAUUUCCCUAAACGAGCCUGCAGAGACGAACGAAGUUUUUGA